AUGGCAACAACAACAUCAACACUUCCUCCAGUUCGAACAGCCAACUAUUUACCACAAGCUUUAGCACCAACAAUUAGUGAAGAAACAAUUUCUCUAUGGCUAAAAUUAGGAGCUAUGGAAAAGUUAGAACAAGCAGUUUUAGACGGCUAUGGUGACCUUCUUAUCGGUAGGACUGCUCGUCUUCCUCAAGUUAAUAAAUUUCUUCGUCAAGUACCAAUGUUUCAAAAUAAAAUAUACGAAAUACAUAGUGCAGUCUCGAAAGGCAAAUUAAGAGAGUUACAACAUCUUGUCGAUCGUAAAAAACUUGCAGCUUGUCGGGAUCAUGUUGGAGCCACUCCUUUACAUAAAGCAGUAAUUUUUGGAUACAAAGACAUCAUUUUAUAUCUUUUAGAUCGCUAUGAUACAACAUUACAUAUAAGAGAUCAUGUGAAAUUAUGUAAAUUGCAAUAUUUUCAGUAUGGUAAUCUACCUGAACAUUACAUGAAAAUACAAGAUGAAACAACACUUCGGGAAUUAAGGGAUGGAUAUUUGAAUAACGAUAUAAGGAAGAUUAAACCAAAAAAAUCAAAUUCAACAAUGAAUUCUAAAAAAGGAUACUUUAAAUCUACUGUUGGAAGAGUUCAAAUAAAAGAAUUAAUUAAUAAAGGAAAUUUAGAAGCUUUGGAAGAUAUUAUUCUCAGAGGACAUGGAGGUUUGCUUUUGGGAGAAACAUCACCAAAUCCAACAAUAAAUGACUUUCUUACAAUGGUGCCUUUCUAUUUGAAAAGAAUUCAUGAUGUACAUCGUGCUGCUAUGAGAGGUCGUUUACAAGAAAUUACAAAACUUUUAGAUCAUAAAAGUUUUGCAAUUGCAACUGACCAAUUAGGUGCAACUCCACUUCAUAAGGCUGUCUGGUAUGAAAAUUAUGAUGUUGCUGAAUAUAUUGUGAAUAAUUUUCCACUUUCAUUAAAUAUUACUGAUAUGGAUGGAAGAACGCCAUUACAUUAUGCAGCAGUUUUACGAGAUAAUAAAGACAUGUAUAAUAUUCUUUUAAAUGGUGGUGCUAGCAAAUCUGUUCAAGAUAUUCAAGGGAGAACACCACUUCAUUAUGCAGCAUUUCUACUAGACGGAGGAGAAAUAUAUCAAAUUUUGGUUGAUGCAGGUGCUGACACAAAGGCAAUAGAUGCAAAUCUACUGUUGGAAGAGUUCAAAUAA